AUGUCAGUGGGAGUUCUGGUAGUUGCGUCAUGGCUGGUGCCAGAUAAGAAGGGAAUCUCCGAGAUGCCGCCGCAGGCUGUAACCCUUGAACCCUUGGUUCAAGGUGAAUGUGUCGUCGCAGUUUUAAGGCUUCUCGGACGGACCGAGCAUGCUCACCAACCGCGGAGCGCCACAUUCUUGUGGUAUGAAAUAUCGGCUCAGGGGACUGGCCCGCUUGCGAACAUCACAGGAGAAAUUUUGUCUUCACGGUUACUCUACCACAGUAAACCGAAAAGUGUCAUUCAAAGUUUUGGUUAG